AUGGGUCUGUGGCCCGAAGGUGACAAAACUUACGAACCCGGAUUCUACAUGGUAUAUUGUUCAAUCACAGUAUCACUUUUCAUCUUCGGACACCUAUUCUUUCAAGUGGUAAAUGUCUAUUUCAUUGCUCACGAUUUGAAGUCAAUAGUGGCAACUUCUUACGUCUUGCUUAUUGAAAUUAUGGGAGGAGUGAAAGCGUAUUAUUUAAUCAAAAAUAUGAAAAUACUCAAAGAAAGAAUGAUCAUUUUUAAGAGCGACUGGUUUCAGCCGAGGAACACUCAGCAGCGAAAUCUCAUCGAGCCCACCAUUUACCUUUGGACGACGGUUUAUAUGGUGUUUUUGAGCAUGUGUUUUGGAUGUAACACCUUCUGGGCGAUUUAUCCUAUGAUGGAUAAAUUCGAAGAGAAGAGAUUACCGUUUCUGGGGUGGUACCCAUACGAUUAUAAAAAGUCGCCGUAUUAUGAAAUCACUUACAUAUAUCAAGUGAUAGGCAUUUGCUAUCUGUCUACAGUUCAUGUGAAUGUCGACAAACUGAUAUCAGCAUUCAAUGUGUAUACUUCUUGUCAGUUCGACAUGUUGACAGACAACAUUAGGAAUCUGGCAAAUGUAGAUCAGACAUCUAGUAAUGAUGUGUAUGACAACAUGUUAAGGUGUGUAGAACACCAUAAAAAUAUCUUAAGGUGA